AUGAGAAACAGAAAAAAAAAGUAUAAGCACUUGCCUCCGGGGCCUUCUCCUCUUCCUUUAUUGGGAAAUGUGUUACAGCUGAACAUGAAAGAUCUGCCUAAGUCAUUCAUAAAGCUUGCGAAGAUCCAUGGAGAUGUGUUUACUGUCCACUUGGGAAGCAACGCAGUGGUGGUCCUUCAUGGAUAUGAUGCUGUGAAGGAGGCUCUAGUAGACAACGCAGAUAUUUUCGGUGACAGAGCAUUUCUUCCAGCAGGACAACUUGUGUUUAAAGACUAUGGGUUGAUGCUUAGUAAUGGGGAGCGCUGGAGACAGCUGCGACGCUUCUCCCUCACUACAUUGAGGAACUUCGGGAUGGGGAAGAGAAGUGUUGAAGAACGGAUCCAGGAGGAGUCUUGUUGCCUUAAAGAGGAGUUUAGAAAAAAAGCAGGUUCACCCUUCGACCCUACAUACCUGGUGACCUUGGCAGUAUCAAAUGUUAUCUGUUCCAUUGUCUUUGGUCAACGUUUUGAUUAUAAGGACAAGAACUUUCUUUGUCUUUUUGCAAUGUUGAAAAAUGGAUUCAGAAUAAGAAAUUCAUACGUUGGUCAGCUGCUCAAUUCCUUUCCAAAAAUUAUGCAUUUGUUACCAGGACCACACCAUCAAGUGAUUCAGAAUUUCUUCACUCUGAAUGAGUUUGUGAUGGAUAAAGUGAGAGAGCAUCAGAAGACACUGGACCAAAACUGUCCCCGGGACUUCAUAGAUUGCUUCCUUAUAAAAAUGGAGCAGGAGAAGGAUAACCCUAAAUCAGAGUUCUGCUUUCAAAACCUAUUUGUCACCGUGAUAAAUAUUUUCUUAGCUGGGACAGAAACAACAAGUACAACAAUAAGACUCAGCUUUAGGAUUUUGCUAAAGUACCCAGACAUUUUAGCUAAAGUGCAGGAAGAAAUUGACCAUGUGAUUGGUCAGAACCGCUGUCCUUCCGUGGAGGAUCGAAGGAAGAUGCCAUAUACAGACGCAGUGAUCCAUGAAACACAAAGAAUAGCAGAUGUCUUGCCUAUGAGUGUACCACAUGCAACUGCUGAGACUAUCGUGUUCCGAGGCUACACCAUCCCUAAGGUUACAAAAAUGUUAUAUUUUCUGACCUCUGUCCUGAAGGAUCCAAAACAGUUUCAGAACCCGCACAAAUUUGACCCAAAUAAUUUUCUAGAUGAGAAGGGGGGAUUCUGGAAAAAGGAGGCAUUCAUACCAUUUUCUACAGGGAAGCGAAUGUGCAUUGGGGAAGGAUUGGCAAAAAUGGAGCUCUUCCUAUUUAUUACUACUAUCCUGCAAAAUUUUCACCUAAAAUCUGAUGAGGAUCCUUUCAGAUAUUGA